AUGCCUGCCCUGGGUGUUGGUAUCAUGAGACAGGACAGGCGCAAACAUCCCUAUCCUCGCUACCUACGCAAAAGAAACUAUUCCACCCACCUGGAAAGUAUCCACGGAGUGGAUGUGUCGGAAACUAACACUAGGGUCCUACAACUGAUACAGGCGGCUAGCGAUGGCAGGAAAAAAGCCACAGUUUUGCCUCCUCUCCCAAUUGAACGGGAACCUACCUUCCAACGGCAGCCCAGGACUUUGCAGACUCUCCAAGGCAACCCGGAGGAGGCUGGAGAGAGCCACUGGCAGAUACAGAGCAAGAAAGUCAGUAUGGACGUGGACAAACGUAUCGUGAACCACCUCAGGAGGAAGAUGAACAAACGACUACAACAGCGUCUGACAGCUCUGGACCCCUCCUCUGACGAGACGUACAAUAAUGACGGUCAGGAGUGGGCUAACGCCAAAAAGCCCGGCAGUGUGAAGACGCCGAGGAAUCAUGAAAACGAACUAUUUAACAAGUAUUCUGACACUGGUGAAAAGUUAACGGUUAAACAAAGUCAACGAAAACCGUCCCUUAAAAAGUCAAAACACAACGGACAUACCAACGGUCACGUGAACGGCCAUGAAGGCCCAACAAGGGAGGCAAUGAAAAGGGACAAUCAUGUCAGUCAAAACGAUACAACAACAUCUCGUCCCGCACGUGUGCCGUCUGUCACUAUUGCUGUAGAGGAAGUGUCACAACAAAAUGGUGUCGACCUUAUCCCCAACUCUAAAAAAGUGAAAGAAAAUGGCGUAUCAACGGACACGUCAGGUAAAACGUCUACGAAAGACGGAGACCAUUCUGAGAAAACGGAUGGAGCGGAGGCUAACGAAGCAUCUGACGUAGAGGAGGAUGACGACGACGAAGAACUGUUUGAUUUAACAAGACUUAAAACAAAACUGGGAGAGAGUCCCGAACCAGAAGAGAUAGAAAGUUUUCGGAAACUUAGUGUCAGUCCCGUUCAAACUCCGUGCGUGUUACGACCUUUGACCCGUGGAGAUUCUCAGUAUGCCAUUGGAGACAGAAUGACGGAUAUUCUCAGAGGACAUGUGCACCGGAUGUGUCAGCCGGAGAGUACAGUAAUUCCGAUAUAUAUCAGUUCCGGUUUUACAGACACGUUGGCAGAGAAGACUGCAUUUCAAGAGAAGGUUUCGUUAGACCUGAGGGAAUAUUGUGCGGCACGAGGGUACGAGAUAGAAUUAUAUGAUCUACACUGGGGUAUGACAGACACUAUAACGGACGAUCACUCCUUUCCUGACACCUGUCUCACCUCUAUCAACAAGUGUCUGGAAUCUAAUCCUGGCGUCAACUUGCUCCUUUUCUUGGGGGAAAAGUAUGGACCGUACAUUCUGCCAUCUAAAAUACCAGUGGAAGAGUUCAACGCUCUUUACGACUUUGUCCAGGACUUCCGUAAAAGAGAAAUUGACCUCAUACAAGAACAAAUGGAUGAUAUAUCGUCCGCACGAGCUGAGCGUGAGCGUCAGCGUCAGGAUGCCGAAAGCAUCCUCACUGAUGCCACAGACCACUCAAGGGAAAAGGAAGGCAGUGCGAGACAAGUGGGAUCGGGCGUGUCAUCACAAGCAAAGACUAGACGACAAAACGCCGAUAGGGCGAAGGCCGAGGCACAGACCAUCAAAAACCUUCAGGAGCAGGAAGCAGCUUUGGCUGAUCCCGAAAUACUCAAGGAAUGGUACAGUCUAGAUGAGAACUGCAUACCCCCAGUAUACAAACUGGAUAGCAUCAGUACACACUACAGAGAUUUUGCAAAUCCAAAAAAGAGGGAUGCAGCCAAGAACUCAUUUACAGAGGUCGCAAAGAAGAUACGUAGGAUAUUUGAUGAAUUUACACCAAUGGUGAUCACGGAUCCCUUUGCAAGGAAGAAAUAUUUCACCACUAUGAUUGGCCUUGAGAUAGAGCAUGGUAUCCUAGAGACGGACGCCGUUGACAACCACUGUAUUGUGGUUCAGCGAACCAUCACAGACAUUAGUCGUAACCUCCAUGAUAGUGCAGCAGUUGACUUCACGGACAUAAGCCAUGAGAACGCUCACGCGCUAGACAAAGCACAAUCAUCUAUCAUCCAAGACCUCAGAUUAGAGACACUGCCAACAAAGGUGGGAGUGUCGAAUAUAUUACCGUACGAUAUCGAAUGGGCAGCAGGAGGAGUCAUAGUCGGAGGUCAUAGGACACACCAACAUUAUAUAGAACGCAUGUGCAAACAGGUUACGGAAAAACUAAUGAGACAAUUAUGUACAUAUUUCGAAGAAAGGAAACGAAAAGUGGAUAGCAAAACUAAACUGUUUGACGAGGUGUCACAGCACGUGGCUUUUUGUCACGAAAGAACGAAGCACUUUCAGGGCAGGAAGGAGCUUCUACAGCUGGUGAAGUCUUACCUCAGAUCCAGAUGUCCGUCUCCGCUAGUCCUUUAUGGAAAAGCAGGCUGUGGUAAAACUGCUCUCCUAUGUAAGACGGCCAAAGAAACUCACAAGUGGUUCAGAGGACAGAACAUGAGCGUCCUACUCCGGGUAAUAGGGAUCACUACCAGCUCAACCAACGUGCGCUCCCUACUACGUGAACUCUGCUUACAGAUGUGCCAUGUGUUCGGCACCAAUGAAGAUGACGUCCCCACGGACUUUAAAGGUCUAAUGAACGACUUCACCCGCCAAUUGUCUCUAGCGACACCUGAAAACCCGAUUGUCAUCAUACUGGACUCGCUAGAUCGUCUCUCAGAUGACCAUGAAGGAAGAAAGCUUAACUGGUUACCGAAGGAACUGCCAAAGAAUGCCUACAUCAUUGUCUCCACAAAUCAAGAUGAUAAAUACGAAUGUUUUGACAGUCUAAAGAAAGGCAUCCCGGAGACUUCGGAGGCCUAUAUUGAAAUUCCCGAACUUCCAGAACAUGAUGCAAUAACAAUCCUUGAACAUUGGCUUAACAAAAGUGACAAAACCUUUACUGAUGAGCAAUUUGAGUUUCUCGUAGAAUCAUUCAAGAAAUGCCCGAUGCCACUUUUUCUGAAGAUCGCAUUUCAAGAUGCACUCUCUUGGACAUCGCUGACACCCCUUGACCAAAUCAAAUUUGGAGAGAAUGUGAGAAAGCAAGCCUCUUUCAAAUUUGGGAAACUGGAAACAAAACAUGGCGAGCCACUCGUACGCAGGGCCCUUGGCUACAUCACCGCAUCACGGAAUGGAUUAACGAACAAUGAAAUAGUGGAUAUUCUGUCGCUAGAUGACGCUGUUAUGGAUGACGUUAUGUCCGUGUACCACCCGCCUCGCCGCAGGUUUCCAACCAUCCUAUGGGUUCGUCUUCGUGACGACUUACACGAAUAUAUCACUGUAAUAAAAUCACAGAAGAUGCGUACAUUGCAGUGGGCACACGCGCAGUUUAAAGAGGCUGCAGAGGAAAGAUACCUGCUUGCUCGGGACAAGGCCGCAUCCUAUCACAAAGCAAUGGCAGAAUAUUUCUUGGGAACGUGGGCUAAAAAGGCUAAGCCCUAUCCCGGAAAUGACAAAGGGAUGUUGAGAUAUGUUUCUCCGCAACCCCUUUACUUCGAGCCUGAAAAUUCCAUCAAAGAUGGAUCAGAUCGAGUGUACAACUUACGCAGAGUCAACGAACUACCGCAUCAUUUGUUGAAUUCUUCUCAGACGGAACUGUACAAAUCUCAGGGACUGUGCAAUUUCGAAUGGGUUCUUGCAAAAUUGUGCGGGACUUCUCUCCGAGCACUUGUAGAGGAAUAUCAGAUAGGCCUGCAGGUUGAUCCAACCGACAUUGACCUGAAAACGCUUUCGGACACAAUCCAGUUAUCAGCAACAGCACUUACAAACGAUCCACGACAGUUGGCCUCACAAAUGAUAGGUCGUUUGCAUGGAAUGAUCGCUCGAGAUAUUCCAGCAACUGCAGGUGAUCCUCCGAAAUAUCCUUACUUGCAUUCAUUUUAUGAUCAAGCGAAGAUGCCCUCCAUGCUCUCUCUAAUACCAUCUAUUUCGUGUUUGUCAGAGCCAGGCGGUAUUCUGUUUGACUUGUUAUCUGGACAUUCUGAACCAAUUACAGCUAUGACACUGACCACGGAAGGCCUGAAGGCGUUGACGGCAUCGGCAGAUAAUACGAUAAAGCUAUGGAAUAUUCGGACAGGCCGUGUCAUGAAAACCAUAGACGGUACUGGAACAAAUGUUAAAUCCAUUAUACCAGCGCUGAACAAUGCUUUGGUUGCCACUGUGGAAGGAAGCGUCAUACGCGUGUGGAAUAUUCGCUUCAGUCAGUGCGUUCUGACCAUCGACCAUUACCUUGAUCCUCCCGUACUCGGGACGGCGGGGGAAGGAAAGUACCUCGUGGCUCUUUUUGAUGGAAUCAAUAUAAUGAGAACAUGGAAUCUGAAGAAGCAAAUCAUGCCCAUGGUCUGCGAAGCGAGGAUAGAAGACAACAGUGUGUACAAAGACAAUUCUCUAUUGAUUGCCGCAAGUUCGUUUGAUGACAAAGUGCUACAUGCAUUCAGAGGAGCUAAUAUGGCUACUGUACAACAUGCAAGAUCAGGAAAGGUGAUUCAUACACUCAAAUGCAACGAGAAAUCUUCGUCUGCUGUUAGCCUUGGAGUGACAAGGGACUAUUACAUUGUUGCAUGUCGACAGCAGUACAUGACGCUCCAUGAAAUACACCAGCUUGAAUUGUUUGACCUGAAGAAGGGUAACUACCUUCGUAGCGUUAGAGGAUGCACGCAUGACCACAUGACUAGCUUACAUCUGAACUAUAUGGGGAGUCACGCUAUCGCUAUCUGUUGUUCAGAAAAAACGGCAACUUCUGACAUUGCAAUCUGGAAUCUGGAAACGGAGGAUCACAAACAUUUAGCCCGUCAUGCUGGAGUUUCACUGAUGGGGGCCUGCGUAGAUUUUAAGUAUUGUCUGACGGCAGCACGAGGCGACAAAACGCUACGGAUAUGGAAUCUCAGUGGCAAAGUGAAUCAGUCUAUGCCAAAAUUAAAGAAAUCUCUUGGAGUUACACAGAUUAUCCCUAUGGUGGACAACCCUCGGUAUGUAGUUGCUCGUCAAAUGAACAGCGGACCCAUCAGCGUAUGGAAUGUUGUGAGAGCGAAGAUCUUACAAAACGCGGUGAGAAUAGAAAGGGGCUUGUCAGAAACAGCAGAUGUCGUCAUUGUGAGAAACACGCGAGUUGUAAUUCUGUCUGAUCGCGGAUUCUCCAGUGCGUCGGAUAGUUCCCGACCAGUAUUCCAGACUGUGUUUAUAUACGACUUGAGAGAAAAGAAGUAUCUUAAGAAAUUAUCCGGGUGUUACAUCACCCCGUGUCCUGCACAUGAGUAUAUCAUGCUUGACAACGAGAAUCUCCUUGGACUCUCAGACAAUAGGAGUCACUUUGUCGUGUGGAGUCUUGUCAAUGGACAUGUUGUUAGGAGAAUCAAACCAAACCGAGAACUAUUUCAGAAAUCCCCAUCACAUACGGAAAGGUCACUGACUGUUCGUAACUCCAAGGAAGUGAUGACUCCUUGGGAUCUCCGAGCGGAAUCAUCGUCGGCGAAGCAAAGACGUCGUGAUGAGGAAGUGGAACAGGAACGGAAACGUCACGAGGAACUUAGGAAAGAGAAAGACAAUGGGAUUGAACAAUAUAUCAUCAGUGAAAACCAAAAUAUUGCGGUCGCAUCCUACUUUGCUCAUCAUCUAUGUGUGUUCGAUAUUUCCACUGAGAAACACCUUCAUGUUAUCGAAACGCCUUUUUCCAUGUUGUUUCUGCAUAGUGCUGCCCUAACACCAGACGGGAGUUUCCUUGUCUUGCCGAAUUACGACGAGGAAAAAAAGACCAGUUAUGUCACAAUGUGGGACUGCCAUACUGGAGAGAUCAAGAAGCGUCUGAAAAACGAGAGCAAUGUUAUGGCAUUAGCAAUACUCGAUGACGGCUCAAGGAUUAUCAUAGGACGCGACAAGAACGAAUUACACAUCUGGGAUCCAAUGUCUGCCAACGGCCUGAGAAAGAUCAAAGGCUACCCAGGCCUGCAAUUCAAUGCGGAAAGUAAGAUAUUUGUUACCAAUGGAGGUACCCAGGCUGUGGUAUUUGCUGGGGACAUCUCCGUGUGGGACAUUGAACGAGGCGUGGUGUUGGCUGUAUUCACGCCCGACAUGAAAAUUAAUUGUUGUAAGGUGGCGAUGGACGGGCAGCUCGUUACCUUCGGACUGCAUGAUAUCCCUGAUGUUGUCAUUCUUCGCUUAGCGAACAAAGACACACCAUCCUUGGAAAUCUUAGGUGAAGAUAUAAUGGGAGAAAAGGUUGAGGAAACUGACGAUGAAGAGGAGGAAGAAGACUAUUAA